AGGCUGGCACUCUGCUCUCUGUGAGCACACUUCUUUUCAAACCGUCUCUCGGGAGUCUGGGAAAAAGACCUGAACACUGCCUAAAUCUGCUGCGCCUUAGCAGCUUUUUGUCUUCCAUCAACUGUUUUGGUUUUUGGUGGAAGAAUAGAGUAACAAGAAUAAGACAGUCUUCAAAUUCCAAAGCUGCAUUUCUCCCAAGAUGGCACCUGUAAAAUUUUGGGUGGUAGGUCUCCUGCUUGUGCUGCUGUGCUCAUCCCAGGUCCCUUUCUCUGUUAUUGUAAGUGCGCAAGACUUGAACGAACUGGAGGAAAGCCUCCAUGAUAGAAAUGCUAAGGAGGCUGAAGAAAGUGAAACGGCUGAGGUUGGUGAGGGGAAUGAAGAAAAAGAUGAAGACUCAGAUGAUGAUGAUGAUGAGGUAGAGACUGAUGAAAAGGUGGAAGAAGAACAGGAGGAUGAGAAGGAGACAGCAGAGGAGGAAGAUGACAAUGCUGAUAAUGAGGAAGAAGAUAAUUCUCAGGAGAACGGGGAUGUUGAGAAGGAAGAAGAAGGUGAGGCUUCAGAUGAGGGUGAUGCAGAAAAGGAAGAAUAUGAAGCAGAGGAGGAUGAAGAAGGUGAGGCUUCAGAUGAGGAUGAUGCAGAAAAGGAAGAAUAUGAAGAAGAAUAUGAAGCAGAGGAGGAAGAAGAAGGUGAGGCUUCAGAUGAGGAUGAUGCAGAAAAGGAAGAAUAUGAAGAAGAAUAUGAAGCAGAGGAGGAUGAAGAAGGUGAGGCUUCAGAUGAGGAUGAUGCAGAAGAGGUAGAAUCUGAAGAAGAAUAUGCAGCAGAGGAGGAUGAAGAGGAAGAGGUGGAGGCAGAUGCAGAUGAGGAGGAGGAAGUCCCAGCUAAUAAUGAGGAAGACGAUGAGAAGGAAGCAAGGCAAGAGGGUGACGAUGAAGAAACUCAAGGAGAGGAUGUAGAUGAGGAUGACUCUGAAGAUGAAGAUGAUGAGUCUGAAGGUAAAGACACAAAGGACAACCAAAGUGACUCAGAUGAAGAGAAGGGAGCUGCUGACACUCCACAGUUCCACUCUGGAUCGUUGUGUAGUGUUUGCUCCAUUUGUGAGCAUUGCUCUACUAACUGUGCCAAGUGCCCGUGUGAAGAAGGAGAUGUGUCUGAUCACUGCGAGCACUGCCAAGGUUGCUCAACCUGCUACAUUUGUCCCAUUCUUUGUGACACAGUUUGCACACCGGGUGGUUUUGUUGAUGAGCUGACUGGAUCCCUCUUUCAGACUGUUGCCUCUCUGCUCUGAGCUCCCUGGGAAUUAUGUCCGUUUGCUUUAAUGUGGAACUGCUCACCAGACUUCACCACAUCCCACACAAGCUUUUUAUGAAUUUUGCAAACAAAAGCAAAGACUUAUUUAUGAUUUAAAUGAUACUUAAUUCUUUGUUGUAAGAAGAACAGAAAAAAGUCAGUGUGCACAAUUUUUCCACACAUGAUUUCUUCUUUCACUCUUUCCCCCCACUUUUUUUUUUGUCUUUUUAUUAUUUCUACCAAAGUCCCAAAAUUUGAUAAAGUCAUCUUUUUACUUAUGCCAAAAACAUUAUGUGAUUGUAAGGUUUUGGAGUUUUUCUAACUGUAGGUUUAGGAAUUUGGGAAAUUAUUCUUUUUUAUUGUGAGAAAGGGCACAAUUUAACAUUUAGCUUCACAAUUACAUAUCAAAUUGAAAAACAAAAAUAACUGUUCUGGUUUCAGAAAUCCAGCUGGAUCUAGAGACACAGUUUGUGCAUGGUGUUAAUGGAACACACACAGACACGCACACAUGCACACAGACAUAUAGGAGCUUGUCAUGAAUCAUGCAGACAAAAAAGAUAUAUAAUAUAUACAUUACCAGUCAAACAUUUGGACACACCUUCUCAUUUAAUGGUUUUUCUUUAUAUUCAUGACU